AUGUCCAAAACAUUGAGUUGUUAUGCAUUCGAAACUUUAAUAAACAAAUUACAAACAGAUUCAAAAAAGAUCCCACUUAGUUCAUAUUUCGAAAUCCUAGGUGAAGAUUCAAGUAAAUUACCUGCUUCAGCGCCAUUAUUUAUCACAUGGAAUAAAAAUCAAUCAUUAAGAGGAUGUAUUGGAACAUUUCAAAGUUUACCUAUUUCUUCCGGAGUCUCUAAAUUUGCCAUAAAUUCAGCAUUUCAGGAUCCCAGAUUUCCUCCAAUAAAAGCAAAAGAGCUUGAUUCAUUAUCUGUUAGUGUUACUUUAUUAGAUAAUUUUAGAGAAAUUAAAAAUGCAAAUGAUUGGACUAUUGGUCUUAAUGGUCUUAAAAUCAGUUUUGAAUUAGAUGGAGAUUAUUAUUCUGGUACGUUUCUACCUUCUGUUGCAGAGGAUGAAGAAUGGGAUAAAAUUACCACACUUUAUUAUUUAUUAAAGAAAGCAGAUUAUAGUAUUGCAAAAUCUAACGUUGCUGAGUUUUAUAAAAAUGGUUUAGAUGAAGGUUGGUUAAAACUAGUUAAAUAUGAUGGAUUGAAACAAGGAGUAACUUAUGAAGAAUUUAAUAAAAUUAGAAAUGAAAUUUAG